AUGCCCGUGACCGAAAUCUAUAUCCUCCGGCAUGGCCACCGGCUUGCCUGGUCCUUGAACCCGAGAACGGGCAAGUACACUUCAAACCACCCGUUCCCGACACGCCUGCCAGCAGAUCCUCCUCUGGCGUCGCAUGGUGUUCGUCAGGCGCAAGAGACUGCAGCACAUCUCGGCGAAGCGUUCGCCGAUAUGAUCAAGCAAGACCGGUUGAGGGUAUACUCGAGCCUCUUUUAUCGAUGUCUCGAAACACUACACCCGGUGAUGGAGGCCAUACUUGCACAAGUGCCGGCGCCUGAUGUCAAAAGGAGGAGAAACCUACAAGUCCGCGGCGAAAGGGGGCUGGGCGAGUGGUUCGGCCGGGCCUGGUUUGUCCAACCUCGACCCGCGGAUCCAGAGAGACUACGGAAUGAGUUCUUCCCCUGGCUGGACGAGUCAUACUCUUCGCGGAUUAUCCCUCCGGAGAAUGGAGAACGGAUUCACGAACUGCACGACCGCGUGGCACGCGCGUUGGCAAGGGUCAUACAGGAUGUGGAUGAGGAGUAUUCGCGAGCUGGGAGGGGCGACGAAGACGUGGCCGUGUUGAUUUGUGGACAUGCUGCCCCGAUCAUUGCGAGUGGGAGGGCUUUGACUGGUGAGGUGCCCGAGGACUGGGAUGAGGAGGACUUCCGGUGUUUUACGUGCGGGAUCAGCAAAUUCGUGAGACGGAAACUGCCCCCUCCCUCUAGAGAUGAGAAAGGGGCGGAUGAAGAUUACUGUUACCAUGAUGAGGACUGGAGGAAUAAUGGCAUGGGCGUGGCCGGCGGUUGGGAUUGCAUCUGGAACAGCGAUUGCCGUCACUUGAGUCAAGGGGAGGAGAGAGGAUGGCAUUUCCACGGUGACGAGAGUUUCGAUUCUUACGAGGAUUUACAGGCGAGACCGAUCAAGACGUCGGACGGGAGUGUUCCUCAGUCGAAGUUAUGA